AUUUUCCAUUUUCAUCCAUAUUUAACCCCUCUAUCGGAAAUGUUACUCCAACUUCUUUGCCGUUUCCAACUCAAUUCAGUGCAUCAAGACAUAACUCAUCUGGUGUUGGUGACUCUUCUAACCCAUCCUCUCAGACUCCUAUACAAUCUAGUCCAAAUUCGCAAUAUUCAGAUUUUGCCAACCCUCGUGGAUUAGAUGCUAUCGACCUUAAUGAUGAUGAUAAUAUUGAAGAUCGGAGGCAAGAUAGUAUUCAACACUAGCAUUGGAAAGAGGAUGAGAUGCUGAUCAGUGGAUGGUUAAAUGUUUCAACUGACCCUGUAGUUGGUACCGAUCAAAAGGGGGAAACAUUUUGGAGUCGAAUUCAUAGCUAUUGUGUAGAAUUUUACACCGACAUGACAAGGGGGUAGUUGCAUGUAAGAAACGAUGGUAUAAGAUCAACAAGGCUGUUGCACAAUUUGCUGGUUGCUACGAUCAAGCUAGUCGAAACAUAAGGAGUGGUUCGAACGCUGAUGAUAUAAAGGAGUUGGCUUAUAAACUUUAUUCCACAAAUUAUGGUCAAAAGUUCACUUUUGAGAGGCAUUGGAACAUGCUUCGGUUGGAGCAAAAAUAGAGAAGGCAACUACCUACACAGAGUGGCGGCUCAAAGAGAACCAAGGUUAGUGCAACAAGAGCAUACUCAUCCUCAUCAAACCCAGAAACACCGUUGGCUGACGAACCCGGUGUGGACUCUCCCGUUCGCCCACAAGGAUCAAAGAAGAGCAAGCGAAGAGGUAAGGGAAAAGCACAGAUGUCUGAAGAUUUUAGCGAAAGAAAAUUAUUGGUUGUCAAAAAAUUAUCUCUCAUGGAAGAUAUUAAGAAUGUUAGAGAAAAGGAACUAAUGGAAAGGGAAAAAGAAAGAGAAGAGGAGAAGGAACAUAGAGCAAAGAUAAUGGCAAUCAAAGAGAAGGAGUUACAAAUUCAAGCGGCAAUGAAAGAACAAGAAUUACAAACUCAGAGGUAUAUUAAAGAAAUGGAGAUAAAAGCAAAAGAAAGGGAAAUGGAUAUGCAAAUACUUAAUGCUGACACGUCUACAAUGAGUGAGAAACGACGAGCUCUUCAUGAGAUUGCAUGUGAGAAAAUAAUGGUCAAGUGGUUUACUUAAUGGUUCCUUGUAUUCGUAGAGUUAUGUAGUAUGUUCUUAUUUAUUUAUUGCGUAUUACUGGUAUGUGAUGUAGUUUGUUUUAUUUAUUUCUGAUGUAAGUUUUUAAAUUAGUCAAUAUUAUUGUGUCGUUAUUGUUCAUGAAAGUGACCGUUGCAAAACUAGCCGUUAAUUAGCCGUUAAGUAGCCGUUAAGGAAAACUAGCCGUUGCAAAACUAGCCGUUGCAAAAGUAGCCGUUGCAAAAUUAGCCGUUACAAAAUUAGCCGUUAAGGUACUUAUUGCAGACACACUUAUAAAUAUCAACUAUCAAUGACUCCACAACUCCACUUCAACUCUUUGUUUCUCACCUCGACAGAGAACUAAAAAUUACAUUUCUCCAUAUGGCUAGAAAUUUUGAUGAUAUGUUCAAUGAGGCUUUGUAUGGCAAAAGAAGAUGGCAAGAUAACACACUCAUAGAUAAUUGGAUCGAUGAGUAUUUACUCGAAGAUUCAGAAGAAGAAGAUAUCGAUAGAAGCCCUAUCCCAAUUACUCGUAGAUGGAUCAACAGAGAUCGAGAAGCAGGACAUGAUCGCCUUUUCCAAGAUUACUUUGCAGAUGAACCGGUGUAUAAUGCUGACAUUUUUCGACGGAGAUUUCGAAUGAGAAGAGAUGUGUUCCUUCGGAUAGUAGACGCUCUCUCAAACGUCUAUCCGUAUUUCCAACAGAGGGUUGAUGCAACUGGAAGAAGAGGCUUGUCGCCACUUCAGAAAUGUACCACUGCGAUACGGAUGUUAGCAUAUGGCGUAGCAGCUGAUGCUGUUGAUGAUUAUGUGCGCAUAGGUGAGAGCACUACAAUUGAAUGCUUGGAAAAAUUUGUUGAAUGUGUCAUUUCCGUGUUCCAGGAUGAAUACUUGCGAAAACCCAAUCCAAAUAACGUACAACGCCUGCUACAAAUGGCGGAGGGUCGUGGCUUCCCUGGCAUGUUGGGUAGCAUUGACUGCGUGCAUUGGCAAUGGAAAAAUUGUCCAAAGGCGUGGAAAGGUAUGUACAUGAGUGGUUAUCGUGGGGUUGCAACCAUAGUACUUGAGGUUGUAGCAUCUUCAGACCUUUGGAUAUGGCAUGCGUUCUUUGGAGUUUCUGGUUCAAAUAAUGAUAUCAACGUGUUAGAUCGUUCUCCAGUGUUUAAUGAUAUUCUAAAUGACCGUGCUCCGGAGGUAAAUUAUACUAUUAAUGGUAAUAAUUAUACAAUGGGAUACUAUUUAGCAGAUGGUAUUUAUCCUGAAUGGGCCACAUUUGUCAAAUCAAUCUCAAAGCCACAAGGUGAGAAACGCAAGUUAUUUGCACAAUACCAAGAAGGGCAAAGAAAAGAUGUGGAACGAGUAUUCGGAGUGUUGCAAGCACGCUUUGCAAUUAUACGUGGUCCAGCUCGUUUUUGGGAAAAGAAAAAGCUUGCCAACAUAAUGAGAGCUUGUAUUAUAUUGCAUAAUAUGAUUGUUGAGGAUGAAAGAAACAGCUAUGUAGGAAAUUUUGCUCAAGGCUUAGAGUAUGAUGAUGUUGAAAAUGGCUUAUCACAACCUCAGCUGGGAGAGGAAGAUUUUGCACCAUACCAUCAAUUUCUCCAAAAAAAUGCCCAACUUCGAAAUAGGCAGCAGCAUAGACAAUUGAAGGAGGACUUGAUUGAACACAUAUGGCAAUUUCACAAUGCUUGUUGUCAACUAUAG